CUCAUCCACCUUGGGCUGGCUGUGACGCUCUGGUGCCCUGUGGUAUCAUCUUCCCGCCGCCAACGCGCUCGUUGUCUUUCGAGUCCGGCAAAGCAAAGGCCAGCAUCGCAAUGUCGCGCUUCGAAUGGGCUGCCUCACAAUCGGCGGCCAGCAACGGCGUGGUUAGCACAGUGUAUCAGCUAAAGUGGCCGUCUGACGGCGCGCCCCCAGCACCUGCGGAUAUUCGCGCUCCUGCUCUUGCUACACAACCUUCUACACGCUCCAAGUUUGAACUCAUGGCAGUAGAUGCAAGUUUCGACUCGCCCUCGCCACACUUGCUCUUUCAAAGUGAAGAUUUUGAGGAGGACAUGCGCGAAAAGUUGUCAUCGGCAAGUUCCUACACGGCCGCAUUGCAAGUCGAAUGUACCGAGGCUUUUCGCGCUUCGUAUGUGCUUCGCUCACAAAUGAGCACAACAAAAGCAACGAUCUCGUGCGAAUUCUUUUCAGCCCUCCGUCGUGAGGCAUCAAACCUAGUACGCUGGGCUGGUGAGCGCAUCGAGUCUUGUCUUGAUGCAGAAAACGGCAGCCUGGAGGUCAGACGUGGUGCGAUCCGGUUCGAUCGUAUCGAUGGCCGCAGCUGGAACGGGGAGGCCUCUCUCUGCUCUGGAGUCCUCUCUCCAACGCUGAAGAUGGUGUCAGAGCUGUGCAAUGCCAUCCUCGCCAAGCAGCAAGCACAGUCGUUGGAAUCCACCGAGUGGCUGAUCACCAAGCAUGUGAAAUGGUUAGGCGAACGCGAACGACGGCCCGUUGUUCUUGAGGAGGCUGUUCGGAAUUCGCGCUCCCCUCUCUCCAAGUGGGACUUUGCUCUCUUCGAUUACCGGACUCGCGGAUCGCAAGGGGAAGACGCACGCAUCCUUGCGAUCAUCGAGGUCAAGCCAUGGAUCCCGCCUAGCGUCAUGUCGAGUCUGUUGGAACUCGCAGACCUUCACCCCCUCCUUGAGGUUGACCUCGAGGCAACAGGUUCCCGGGCCGAACAGCACAAGAGCCUGCUCGCCCAAGUCGUCAAUCACUGCUUUCGCGCCGGAGCAAGGACAGGUGCACUAUUCACUGGGACCAUGCUCCUUUUGAUCGACAUUGACGGCGAGCCCGGCAAUUUGAAGAUCACGCUCAGGACCCCGGUUGCUAUCAACUCGAGCAUACGUGGACUGGACCCAGACGCAGCCUUUGGCGAGGACCAUUUUGAUGCAAGCUACUCAAUACUCUCGCAGCUGGUAGCUUUCACCUUUCACGCCAUGUCGCGCAUCGAGCGUCUGGGCGAGAUCGAGCCAUCCGAAACGACGUACGCGACCAUUGGUCUUCGAGCACCAAACUCCGGCCGAAGCUCGCAUUCCAGGAGGAUUACCCGGUCGAUGACGGCCUCGGGCUCAAGACGCGAGUCCCAGAGCACCUUCAGUACAUUACGAGCUCAGGGGACGGAUGGAUCUCCGACAACCCACUCGAGCUACGUCAAAGUGUGCGACAGGCCGCUCUCUGCCGGCUCUGUUGCAACGGUGCACAAAGCCCGAUUUGAGGAGGGCACUUCCUCGCUACCUGAGGGAGAUCUUCUGGCCAAGAUGUACCAUUCAUCUGACAAAGAUGAAGAAGGCCUGGGCGAGGAAGAUCUGCAAUCGGUUGCUCUGCACGAGGCGCACAUCUACUCCACACUUUCAGCUCUGCAAGGGUGCCGAGUCCCUCGGCUCGUCAGCGCGCUUUCUGUAGCUUCAAGGAGGUGGAAGGCUUCUGGCUGGAUGGAUCAUGUGCGAGAGGAUAGUGACGAGCUCAUGGAUGGCGUGAAGACGCCGCCUCAAGCAACCUCAGCCCUUGAUUCUCCUCCGUUGACGGCAUCCCCUGGCUCUCAAAGCCGCAGUGCCACCGAUCCCCCCCGACAGAUCCGAGGACUGCUGCUUACAAAUGCCGGCAAGGCUCUGUCCGACCUGGCUCUUGUCGACCUCUUUGAGAUGCUGCCAGCUUGCAAUGCACAUAAGGCUCUACCGCUUGCGCAAGCGGAAGUCACUCGUGUAGUGCGAGCGGCAUUCUUGGACUCGAUCGAAAAGAUCCACCAAUGCGGUGUCAUUCACCGAGACAUCCGACCGUCCAACAUGUGUUUGCAAGCCAGUCAAGGCGGCCUGCAAGCAUCGUUCAUAGAUUUCCAUCUUGCAGAGCAUAAAGACUCUCUCAGACGUCCCGAGCAGGCGUUCGAUGCGGAAGUCAAAGAGGUGGCAGCGGAGGUGGAAUCGGUGCUUGGCAAGCUCUUCAGUCAAGCGCACAAGCCUCAUCCAUGAGAUCUCGUUCGAACAGGCCUCGACGCGCAGAGCUGCGUUGCGUGCGAAAGGCAAAAGUUGACAACGCUGUAAUUGUAAUUCAUCAACAUCGAAUGGGGCGUGUAAAACAGCAGUACU